CUGCCCCAGCUGUUUCCUGUUGAAAAUGUCUGUGUAAUGUAGAUAAAUGUGAGGGAUUUUCUCUCUAAAUCCGUCUCCUGUUCGCUAAAUCUCACUUCUCCAAAACGAGCCUGCGCAAUGGAACAAAGUCGGAAUAUUGAGAUGUGACAUUGCCCGCAUCUCAUCCUCUUUCUCCCUGUUUUUAAUGACUUUAAACAAGUUCAUUUUCGUCGGGCUUUGUCUUGUGGAGACCCGUGGGGAUGUCUAGCGCUUUUUCCUUUCAGUGGCAUUUAUGUGAUGUCUUCAAGAGUGCGAUGUGCUGUAUCUCCUGUAGCCACACCCUCUCACUACUGCUGUGCGUCCUCACCCUGACUCCGACGGCAACAGGGGCGGGCCCUGAGACCCUGUGCGGGGCGGAGCUGGUCGACACGCUGCAGUUUGUCUGUGGAGAGCGAGGCUUUUAUUUCAAUAAACCAACAGGCUAUGGCCCCAGUGCAAGGCGGUCACGUGGCAUCGUGGACGAGUGCUGCUUCCAAAGCUGUGAGCUGCAGCGCCUUGAGAUGUACUGUGCACCUGUCAAGACUCCCAAGAUUUCUCGCUCUGUGCGUUCACAGCGGCACACAGACAUGCCAAGAGCACCCAAGGUUAGUAGCAGAGCGAACAAGGGGACAGAGCGUAGGACAGCGCCUCAGCCAGACAAGACAAAAAACAAGAAGAGACCUUCACCUGGACAUAGUUCAUCCUUCAAGGAAGUCCACCAGAAAAACUCAAGUCGAGGAAGUUCGGGGGGCAGGAAUUACAGAAUGUAGGGAAGGAGCAAAUGGACAAAUGCCCAGCAACUUGGGAGGAGAGAAGGGAGUGGCCUUACCUGGUACCCCUGUGGAAUGGUUCACUGUAAAACAAAAGAAAGAAGAUGCUAAUAAUGACCUGAAAAGCUCUUCAAAAUGAUUGAAAACAGAGAGCUAGGUGGUGUGUAAGGGUCUGAUGUGGAAAGUUGUGAUUAUUUUAUACACUGCACCAUUCCAUACUGGGAGGAAUUCUUUGCUAAUGCAAUGUAACAGACUAGUUUAGCUGCUAAGACACGAACAAGAGCUUAUUAUACCUCCAUGUGGGAGCUGCAGCCUCCCCAGGCUCCAGGAAAGAUGGGAACGUAUCUGGGCCUCAGCCAAUCAGAGUGGCUCGGUCACAUUUAACAGUUAGUACCCCAGUUCAAAGCUGAUAUAUUACCUUCAGAGUUUGUUUUUAUGCACCAUCCAUUACUGUGGAUAUUUUUAUUAUGUAAAAAAAAAUAAAAAAGGUUUGCUUUAAGGACAAAGACCAGGUGGUUCAUCAGAGUUUGAACAUUGUUGUAGGUAUUUUAACUUGAGCCUAAGUCUAAACCUUACUAAGAGGAGUCGCUGGAAGGUUUGAGAUCAGUCCAAAUCCCUCUUAAGCCCCAGGAAGUGUUCAAAACCUGAGGACUGAGUCUACAAUCCAAACAUUAUAAAAAGAGCUCAAGCACUAUUAGAGGGGAUUUUAAAGAAAGUAGGUAGUACAGAAGGUACUACAAAAACAAGACUGGGAUUUUUCACAUUUUCCAAAACAGAAAAACAAAUUAACCAGAAGCUAAAACUGAGUUCUCGUUUGGUCCUCAGAAGUGUGUCAUUCGGUGAAGUCAAAGUCCAUUUGGCAAACUGAAGCGGAAAAAGUCAAAUAAUGACAAUCAGGCAAAAUGUUUGUCGUCUGCAUCCUUUCACAUGUCAACACCCCAGCCAAAUUUGAUUUUUGACAACAGUUCAGUCAACAUUUCAGUUUGAGUGGAAACCUGUGUUUAACCUUGAACACAGGUUUCCACUCACAACCCGUGUUCAAGGGUAAACACGAUGUUAUGAAAGUUUAGUCAAAGUAAGUGCUCUAAAAAGAAGCAGAACCGUCACACGUAUGAGUUUAAGUGAUUGAUCUUGACCUGGAUAUUUUAUUAGCUUAGGAAGGCUGAGAACUUUGCAACUUUAUCUGAUGGCAAGAGUAGAAUAAACCUCCACUGCAUUCAUUGCAGAGUGCACCCAAGAAACACGCAUAUUUGGUGAACGUUGGCAAAACCACAAGGACAAAUCUUUCUGGUGAUGUGAUGUUCGCAUAUCAGAACACAAAUACACAUACAAAAGCACUCACAAGGUAAAUUAGAGUUGUGCAACUACAAGCAAAGGUCAUGCACACAUACACCAACUUUCAUGAAAAGCCAGUUCUGAGAAGUCCUUGCAUGAGGACUAACAAAAACGGCUGUUUGUUUAAGCCUCCAAAAAAAAAAAAAAAAAGAUUAAAAAAAACGAUAAGAAAAAAAUAAUAAUUGCCCAAGACGACUCAUCUCUGGCUCUGUCUCCUCUGCCUGUGUAUAAUCAAACAGUAUUCCCAUUAUGUUAACCUAUGCAUUACUAUCAUUCAUUGUACAUGAUGGUUUCAUAUAACAAAACUGUAUUAAGAAUCCUAUCCACUGUAUAAUGGUGCUAUUUUGUAGUUUGUUACUUGCAAGAGAUGGCUAAGAGACUGAUGGCAGGGCUUACAUUGGAGGUCUUCCCUUUUGCACAGCCUUGUGGCCACCAUUUUAAUAGUGUUUUUAUUUGUAAGCUGUUUCAAUAAGGUAGUAGUCUAAGCGAGUAAAUGUAUCUGUGUGAAAUCUGUGAAUGCAUGAAGAAUUUAAAAAAAAAAAAAAGGAAAUGAAUAUACCAUGUUGUGUUCCCAAGAAGGCAAAAUGCUAUUUUUUCUACUGUUUUAAAUUAUUUUCUCAAUAUAGAUCCCUUAUGCCAAAUAACUUGACAAAAGAACUGUGAACAAUGAUUCUUCCAAUUGUAUUAAGAUUGUAAAAAGUCAUCGUGUACUUUUGUCUGUCCAGAUGUGUGUGUUGGUGAUAAUUCACCUAACUGGAAGUCAAAGUACCAGCUAUUGAAAUUACUUAAAACGAGACAAUGCAACCUUUGUCAAACAGCAGACAAUCAGCAUACAUCCAACAAAAAUCCCAAAUGUACCCAUUUCAGUAACAUAUUUAGAGUCUGGAUCUUUAAUUUAAUGACAUAAAUAAAAAGAGGUCGUUGCUACUCUCGUAGAGACGGAGUGAUGAACCCUACGAAAGUAGGGCUGUGGACUCAGAGUUGAGUGGUCGAUAGUUUAGUUGACACGCUCUUACCUAAUAACAUUUUUAUUGAUUAUACGGUCCUCAGUCUUACUGGGCUCACAACUAAGGACUCACCCAAACCUGAGUACAUUGACAGUAUAUAAGAUGAGCACUGUGAAGUCUUGAGCUGAUUUAUUUAUUCCUUUUUUUUUUUACCAUUCUUGGUGCUUUGAAACCAGAAAAGAUGAACUUUGAAACCACACAAAUUUAGGACCAAAAGUAAUUUUGAAUCUGCAGGAGUCACCCUCUGGUAGCAUUUGAAAAGAAUGCAGGUUUAAACCUCUUCUGCUUUGGCAUCUGGUUGCCUAUGCCUAUGAGUGUCGGCUAGCCAAUGUAGUUAUUAUUUAUAGAUUUAAUUAACUAUUACUCAGAGUCGGUUCCAAAGUAAUUGACGACAUUUAAAGUUCGCAGCAUUUUGAAAAUCACAGUUCAACUACCAACAAACCACAUCACCUAAAAAUUGUAAGCCAACAUGUCUGCCUUAGUAUAUUUUAAUAUAUUUUUUCUGAUAAUAACUUACACCUGCAGAUUUAUCCAGAUACAGCUUCACUGGCUUCAGCAGAUAAGACUAAAAUGGGUAUGACAUACAGUGAAGGAUUAGGGUCAUUGAAAAAAAUAUCUUUGAGUCGGACCUGUGCCUGUCAACAUGGAAAAUAAUGGCAUAAAGUUCAAUAUUUUAUUCUAUUUAACUAAAAUUAAAGAGCUGUUUCACAGAGAUUGUGAGCUCUUCUGAAAACUACUCCAUUAGCAUGGGAAAACAAUCACCACCACAAGUUGUACUUAAAAUGUUAAUAAAAUUCCUGCUGCUAUCUCAAAACUCCAGAUUUUUUUUUAAAAACCCCAGAGGAUUAUUUUUAUCUUUGUUUUUUUUAUUGUUGUUGUUGUUGUUGUUGUUUUAGCUAUUAGAAAACUAGCAAAGCCAUUUGCAGAUAUAUUAACUUUAUAACUUUAACACAGUGGUUCAGCAGAGCUUAGAAAAAUACAGCCAUAAUUGCAGUUUUCCCAUUCUUCCCGUUCCCACUCCUGGCUAAUUGCCUGUAACACACUUCUCCAUUAUUUAGUCUGUUGGUGCUAACAGUCGUGACAGAAAAGAAGUGAUCUUCCCACAAAAUAAAUGUAGGGCUGAAUUAUUAAUUGUUCUUUGUCUCUACAUUUUUUUAUUUAGCCAGUUAGCUUAGCUUGCUGUACUCAAUGUAAUCCGCCCACUAGCAAUCCUAAAGCUCACAGAUUAACACAGGAAGUGAACCCUGUGUGUUAUUUCACCUCAAUUUUUAAAGAUUAGAUAAACAAGAUUCUGAGCUUUAGAGGAGCUUUAAAAAAUAAAUAAAUAAAACCCUCUGGGCAGAGCCAAGGCAGCUGUUCUCUGUUCCUAGCUAACAUUGCUAAGCUAAACUAACGGGCUACUGAACCUGGCUUCAUAUUUAAGCUACAGUUAAAAAUUAAAUUAGCCCAUGUUGAGAACUGAACUAAGAUUGCAUUGUCUGGCUUUAAGAGUAACCCAGGAGUUUAAUUUAUCUUGUCCAAAACAUUUGUUAUCAAUUCUCAAUUAAAACUUAUUUUCACAGAUUAAUUUAAAAGUGUGUUUUUGUUUCUAAAAAGGUUGUAUAAUGUGGAUUUGCUAUAUUCUUUAGUGUUUAUUCUAAGCAAACUGUCUUAUUAGUCGACCUGGCAGCAGAAAUGAAAUAGGAAGCUGGCUGGAGAACAGCUCUGGUCCUCCCAGAUCUUCAGAUAAAUGGUAUAAACCAAAGACUUUUUGAUUAAAGUGAAGCCUCACUCACCAUUAUUGUAUCAUGAAUGAAACCAAUGAGCUGUUCAUUAAAUAUCAAAUGAUGGUAUCACUGUCUCAAUUUCACUACAACAACAGUACACCCGUCACACUAUGUUUCUGGUACCUGAAAUACAGUUUGUGCAUUAAAAAACAGAAGCUGCAACAACCAUCUUCAAACAAUGAAUGAAACAUUCCAGUUUGUCAGUGGUAUGCAAUGAUCAAUAAAGCCUGGAUCAUGGGAGCGUGUGAGUCAUUCAUGAUUAUAUGAGGUGUUAUACGAGAUGAUACAAUUUCCUGAAGGUCACUGUCCAAAACAACUGUCUGAUUGGAGCGCUGUUAUUCAUGGUGCUUGAUUGCCUUCUGUAGACAAAAAAAAAAAAAAAUACUGACAAACUGUUCACCAUUCCUGCUGAAUAAACCACUUGUCAACAUCACAGAAAUGGCUG